AUGCCUCACAACGGAGACUGCCCCCGGACUGAAAGGACCGUUGAUUCAACGGUCCUGCUCGAUUUGGACCUCUUCAGGGUCUCAGCAGAUAAUGCAACCCGUGUCGAGAAGAUUGCCCUGGCAUACCAUCGAGCCCGCGCGAUAGCAAAGCUUUAUGACUUUACAACGGGGGAUAUACAGUGCCUGACCGAGAAGUUCUGGCACUUCCACCAGGACAUGAUCCAUACAUUAGAUUCGGCCGCGUUCAGUCUGUUGGCGAUACAGUACAAUCUCUGUGUGGGGACCCUGGCUCCCUUCCUCGAACAUCGACCGGACCUUAAGGCUAUUGUUGAGCCAUUACUCUCCUUCGACAUUUCAGGACAGUUCCUACUUGCAGAGGUCGGACAUGGUCUGGAUGCACAUGCUAUUGAGACGGUGGCUACUUUGCUUCCAGGUGGUACCUUCGACCUUCAUACUCCGAAUCCGGACGCAGCCAAAGUCCUCCCAGGACGAGCAGGAUCCAAAACCCUCGACCAUUGUAUCACAUCCUUCGAACACGUCCGGCUCCCGCACACAGCUCUUCUCGGAACUCUCGAUGCACCCGCAGACCGACGAAAGAGCUUUCAAUCCACUAUCCACCGCGUGUACAUCGGCACAUUGGCUCUGUCCACGGUUCUCAUAUCGGCGUUGAAAAGCUCCGUUUUCGUAGCAGGAAAAUACAGCUUCCGUCGACAUAUCUGGGGGCCUACUAAUGAGCCCCGACCGAUUAUAUUCUUCCGGCCACAACAUCGUCCGAUUCUUCAUACUUUAGCUCAGAUCGCUGUCUACGAUCCCUAUGCAGCGGAAAGUAUCCAGAAUUACAUGGACACGAAAAUCCCAUACGUCGUCCGGCAAGGUGUUGCAACCGCUUUCAAAGCCGUCCUCCAUCGCGCGACACAGGAAAGCCUAUGUUAUCUCGGCGAGCGCUGCGACUCACUCGAAGAGGUUCAGAGAACAGGGGAAUUCAAUAGGCGCAUACUCCCCCGAUGCCAGACGCUGGUGGAGGCUGUUGGUCACCGGAUGGCAUACGAGGCGGGCCUGGAUUCCGGCGUGGUGCCAGAAUUACUCGACCUCUAUGAGGCUGGGGUCAUGCUGCAGCAUUCUGGGUGGUUCGUGGAGAACCUGGGAUUAGAUAUGGAAACGCAGUUCAAUAUGGAGAUGCAAGCGAUGAACGGGGUGCUGCCUCGGCUUGAGCACUUGUUGGAGGCCACUGGCGCGGAGCCGUAUUGUACAGCACCCAUUGUGUCCAACGAGGCCUGGGCGGAGUUUGUUAACGGCCUCGAAGUAUAUAAGGGUAAUGCCCGGAUGGAUAUCUGUGAGUAUGAUGAGGACGUCGGUGAUACUGUUAGUAUAUUUGGAUUCCUCAGGGAGAGUGGCUAG